CAGUGGCGUGCGCGCACCUGUUUACGAUUUUUUAUAACCUAAAAAAACAUUCUACAGUAAAAGCCUAAUGAAACACGUAAAAUGUUGUGCGGGCCGGACUUUUUAAGUAGCAGUGAUGAAGACGGGUUUUCGGACGAUAACGAUUAUUACGACUUUAAGGAAAGACUGAAAGCUAGCCAAAGACAAGCAAACCUGAAAGUCGAGACUGAAGCUGAAAGAGAAAAACAGCACCUGAAAUCGGUCUUUUCAGCAAUCGCUUAUGAAAAAGAGGAUGUCUUCCUUGCAGAGCUCGAAAAAGGGUUAGACCCAAACGUUGAUUUAGACCAAGGAUGGACUCCUCUCGUUCUUGCCUGUACCGUCGCAAACGAAAAAUUUAUUUCCGCUCUUGUGGAAAAAAAUGUCAAUGUUAAUCAACCCCGAGAUGGUUUAACUCCGUUAAUGUUAUUGUGCAAUAUAAAUUCGAAAGACGACGUUACUGAGGCAAAGAUUUUAUCUUGUGUUAAGCUGCUUCUAAAUAAGGGAGCAGAUGUUAAUAUGAUCGAUAAUAAACGAAGAACUGCCAUUAUGUUCGCGGCUUAUAACGGCCAUUUAGAGACUGUUAAAUUAUUAUUGCCUUUAGUGGACAAAGAGGUUGAAGAUAAUCAGCGUUGGAAUGUGCUAUUCUGGGCUGUUGAAGGCAGCAAUGUUAAAAUAGUCGAAUAUCUCCUAAAGGAAGGUUUCAACUGUGAUAAAACUGACAUCAGGGGGAAUACAGUUGCGGAAUUAGCCCACAGUAGGGGAUUUCAAGACAUUCUAGAUCUAUUCCCCAAAGACCCAUUCGACGAAUUUUACCAAUACUUGAAUAACAAUGAACUCAAUUUCGAGCAAACUUUCAAUAAUCUCGCCCCUAGCGAAAAGCCGCAGUUUUUCACCGAUAUUUGUGAAAUUUUAUACGGAACGCGUAGCGAAAGCGUAAUGCCACUUCUGAGGGACAGAAACACCUCCCUGUUCGAGUUUUUAACACUCAAUGAUUCCAAACUGAAAGAAAUCGGUGUUCGAUUCCCGUUUCAGCGAAACCGCAUUUUAGGGGGACUUUACAAGUUUCACAAACACCAGUUUCAGCCAAAAUCUAUACCGUUUGUGAUGAAAAACCAAUUAUACACUAAUAUUGAUGUCGCAGCUGCUGUUUUGACGUGUGUUAAACAAACAAUAGCGAUGGAAGCCAGCCUUAAGUUUAUUUUAAAUAAUUGUGAAACAAGUCUCGAGCCAAAAGAGAUUCGCGUUUUGCUACAGAGGAACAGACAACAGAUUCGAAGACUGAGACAAGUGACGGACGCACUUGUGACUAAGACUGAACAGUGGGAUUCGAGCUUAAAACCUGCUGAUAGGAUUACGAAAAAGCGGCGCAACGUUCCGUGGGCCACCUUUUGGCUCACUUUCGGGACAAUCUCUCUACUUGUAUUUUUGAAAGUGAAAUAAAAAACCUCAAUCUUUGAAAAUACUUUUAUUGUUUAUAAAUAACUUACAAAAGUUUAUAUUCUACACUUGUUGCGACUAAACAAUGAAUUAAAGCGUCACAAGUGAGUUAGCACUAAUUUUCAUAAAUAAUAACAUUGCAAAAGAAACCAAAAGCGGUGGACAUGUAAGUAUACAAAAUUUAGUGUUGGAUUGGAAUCAGUGUUUCCCCGGCCGUGAUCGCCGGCAAAGGCGCCUCGACGGUCAAGACGCCGUCUUUGCUCAACGAGCUCUUGAUCUGUUCCGGGUUGGUGCCUUUGGGGAGGAGGAACUCCCGAUUGUACUCUCUAUAAACUGACUUAGACUCUGUUUUUUCUUCGUGUUUUGCGUGCACC